AUGGCGUCCGAUUACGCGUUCAUGAGCGCCGGUUCGGAUGAUAGGACGGCUCGUUCGCUGGACGAAACAUUUGUGAAUAAGCUGCUAGCACUCGUGUAUACCAUGGUGAAGAAUGCAGCAAAGACCGCAGCAGCAUACGCAGAGCACGCGCAGAGGACUCUCGUCACGCGAGAAGAUGUCAUCAUGGCACUCAAGUACGAGGCGAGGCGAUUCCUUCGCUACGAGGACCUGGAGGCAGACAUAGCAGAUUCGGAGCUGGAGCUGAGGGACGGCGGGGAUUCCGAUUCGGAGGCUUGGGAAACGGCGUCCGAACGCAGUGGGUGCGAAGAGGAGACGGAAGGUUUGCUGGACGAAUGCCGGUGCCCUACGUGCGACGGUGUGAGGGAGGCCGUCGCCACGUGGGACGAUUGGGCACCAGAGGACGAAGCAGAGAUAAAGUGGCGAGCCUUGCUGGAUUCCGGGAUGGUCAGACAGACGUCCACGUACGCGUUCGACAAGAGAGGCGGUGAGACGCCUGCCGUCGACCUGGAAGGCUGCAGGAUGCUGCUCAGGGCCCUGAACGUCAGCCUGCCGAUGGUGGAUUCGCAAGAGUUGGAGUUGCGCUUUGUCAGCUCUCAGGAACCAGCUUGCCAGAGCCCCCUGAUAGCUCUGAAGAGGACCAUCGAUCAGCUAGUGGAGACGGUGAACUCGCUCAGGUCUGAUAUCCAUGCUUUGAGGGAGAAGAAAGGACCUAAAAGGAGGCCACCCUCUAGCACCAAGGUGCCAGAGGUAAGGACCACCGAGGAUGGCGAGCUCAUGAGCGUGUUCGACGUCGUGGCAGCUCACUUUCGUGACUGGAAGAGAGACAGGAUUCGCAGGGAGGUUCACGAGAGCUUGAGGUCGUUGGGAAGAGGGGUCGUCGCCACGCAAUGCCGAGUCAACUUCGGCACGCGGCCCACCAUAUGUGCGAACCGAGAAGGGAGCGAGGCAGCACGCCUGGAGGCCAGAGCGAAGGCCCAGAUGGACCGCCUGAAGGAGCUGGUGAGCAACACUGGACCCGCUUGGACGAGGGAGCAAGCGGACGCCGUGCGGAGAGAGUACCUUCGUCCCAUUGAGGAGGAAGUACCACCUCCUGACGUGAAUAGCAUGUCAACAGAAGAGUUGUGCAAGGAAAUCUUAAAGCUGAGGGCAGAGGUGGUUGCAUUGAAAGAGUCAAUGAGAGGUUCCAUGCAAUUCAACCUCUUCAUGGUAGAGCAAGUCAAGCAUGAGCAGUGGAAAAGAAGGACCACGCUGGAUUUGAUCGAGCACAAAGUCGAGCAAGUCUCUCUAGAGGAUGGGGCAGAGUCGCAGCUUCCUGAGGAUAUGCGUCUCUAG